UUCAGCCACCUGUGCCCCUGCUAAGGAGAAGGUCUGUUUUCCCCUGUAGAGAGGGCGAGCAGCUCCCCUGCCAGCCAGGACACCCUGCCGUUCUGAACUAGGUGAGCAGAGAGACCCUUCAAUCAUGGCGAUCAGGAGGACAUCUCCAUUCUACAAAGGGUCACCAGAUGAAGAUCUGUCAGAUGAAGAAAACUAUUUCUUGAAGUAUCAUAGAGAACAAUUUUUGAAAGAUUUCCCCAAGUGGAAACAGGAACAAGAAAAAACCAUCAGAGAGCUCCGAGCCCGGGCAGAUGAGAUUGAUGCCACCCUUGAACAAACCCACAAGAUCAACGUGGUGGCCCACACCACAGCUGUCUUCUCUAGAGCCAUGAGCCUCUUGGGGAUUGCCCUCGCUCCACUGACCACAAGAGGAAGCCUGACGCUUUCAGCUGCUGGCAAAACUUUGGGGGCAGCAGCUGAGGUCACCAGUGAUGUGACCAACCUGAUAGAAGGGUCCUGCAAUAAAAAAGUUAAAGCUCAGGCCACCGGGCACGGGCCUGCCAGUGAGCCAGAGUUGGAGCAGGUGGAUGAGAAGUCCRUUCUCACAGCUAUGACUAAUAUCAUGGACAAGUUUCAAGACACCUCCAAGAGUCUCAGGAAGAGCAGGCGUGCCUACAGGGUAGCCCAAGCCAAGCCAAGCUUGGCUAAGGCUGCCAAGUAUCGCCUGACAGGUGGCAAAGUCUCAGACAAAACCAGCAAGUAUGUGCAGAAGGCCUUUGAUGGCACACCUCUGGGAAUGACCAAAAGUGCUCUCUUGGAGGGAGGUGCAGAGACGGCUGUCCACUUCGUGCGGGAUUUGUGCAAUCUCUCUGACACCUGGAAGAAACUGAAGGGUGGAGAGAGGGCACAGCAGGCCAAAGAACUAAGGGCCCAGGCCCAGGAGCUGGAAGAGCUGGUGACACAGUACAGCCACCAUUAUGAGCGGCUACAGCAGGUGAGCUCAGGAUGUUGGAAGCGGGGCUUUGGCCCAAAUCCUSGGAAACCAAGGUUGUCCAGAAGGGAUUAAGGGAGUGUGUGCUUGUGAGUGUGGCAGUGAAGUUUGCACCGAUGUCCUUGAGGACAUAGCAUAUGGUGGCCCUGAAGGCCCAAACUGUAAGAGGUUCCCCUGGAGAUGGCAGUCCUGCACAGACCUGGUCACCUGUUCCCUCUCCCUUAAGGCUCCUUUAGGAC